GAGUUUGAUUUGAAGUUCAGGUGCAUCGUACAAAUGCUAAAAUUUACCUCCUUAGUUUUUUAGUCUUUUGUCGCACGAUUAUUCGUACAAAAAUAGUUAAAUUUAUGUGUAAGUUAUAACUGCCAUGAACUUCAAUCUAGUAGUGAUAUUGUUAGCGGCAUUCGGCUGUGCCGCAGUCGGUGCCCAAAACCGAUGUGAAAUUCCCAAGGUCCUGCAGGGAACCUGGUUCAGUUGGGAGGUAGGCGAACCGACGUCGACGGCCAUCGACGAGUGGAGCUACGAACGGCAGGGUCCCAAACAGGGCCGCCACAAGAUUGAGUGCAUUGAAAGUGCCCGCAACGGGUCCGAUCACACCUUUAUCUUCAAGGGUAGCGAGUGUUACGUUUGUGUAAAGGCGUUUCCGCGUACUUUAAACGUGUUCGAGAAGUUCGAGACACCAUGCGUAACGUUGGACCGCAACGAGAAGCCUUCGAUGGAUCGGAUCUGCCGGGGGUUAAGGCAAGAUCAGCAGCGUAUCACGUUGUUUAACAAGAAUUUCAUCCCGAUCAGCUGUCGAUCAUCGCUGGAAGGCGUUUGGCACUUUGCUUAUCAGAACCGGUUCCGCUUUACUGGUGAAUGUGACAGUCCAGAUGCCAAGAUACAGUCUUGUCAAACACCCGGUACACAGUUUUUGAUUCAGAAUCAGAAGUUCAACAUCACUUAUCGCCAGUGUCAGGGAAUGGAUGGCACUUUCAACGGUGUGGUCGAGUUCAGCUGCCUGGGAGAUUGGUUCAUAGGAAAGAAUCACUACUUUGCCGUAGUCAACACUAAAGAAUCUCGUGAAGAUGAAAAAUACCGUUGCUUCCUGAAGAACAGAGAUGAUGAUUUGUACAUUGGUGCAUCGAUUACGGCAGAAUGUAAUACUCUGAACACCGUUGAAAAAUCACCGGAACGUUAUCGAGUUACUCCAGUCAAAUCUGACGUUGUAGAACCAGGCUGUAGGUUUCCUCAGAACUUCACCGGCGAAUGGAUCAAUACGGCUAACAUCGACGCUGAAGUGACCAUCAACGAGACGCAUAUAAUCGAGACGUACUACCCGGAUCGUGCCCGUUACAGGAGGACCAUCUACAUUUGCCGUGAGCAGCGUGACACCAGGAUUAUGAUGGCUCGCCUCACCGUUGAUGGUUGUCAAACGGAUUACAUUUGCUUCGAUUUCGUUCCGCGGCAUCACAACGUGAUUCGCUACCGUAAAGGAACCGCCGUCAUCAAGAACGAUUUCAGCACCGUAUGCUCGUGGGUACAGUUUCCGAACAAAGAAGAAUGGCGCUACGAUCUGUAUCUUGCGGCAAAACCGGUUCCAGUUCGUUGCCCAGUCGCCGGAAAGUUCAAUUUUACCCAGCAAGGAGAAUCCCCCUUCAAAACCCGAAUUCUCGGCGGUGUCACGCUUAGCCCUCGUCCGGAUAUUCGCUGCAAGCAGAACAUUUCCGAUUUCUCAGUCUGUGACACCGACCAGAAGGAAAUGGCCAUUGAUGCCAAUUACUGCCUAUCCGUUGAUUAUCUGGGACGCCCGGUGGACAUCUACAGUGACCCGGAUUACCGCAUGAAAUGCAUCGGCUACUGGCAGGAGAAUCUCAAAUCCUACCUUAUCACCUUCGACGAUCUGGAUCCACUUUCGAAGUAUCGCUGCUGGGUUUAUCAGAGAGCAGAAUUGAAUCGAAUCCAGAUGUCGCAAGCCGUAGGGGCUUUCUGUGACCUUAAACAGAGCGUCACUUCGUGGAACUACACCGAGGGAGCGGUUGUUGCCCUCGAUAUGACGGAAUACGAACGAGAACGAGAUCAAUGUCCGAUGCACUUCGACGAUGGGGAGAACCCAUGGCAGGAGACGGAAAAUUACAUCAAGGUGUUUCCUUGGUUGAUUUAUCGAAGCGCCACUAGCACGAUCGAUGGGACGGUGAAUGCGUUUCUAGUGUCUUUGGCGGCACUGUUACUGAAGUUGCUGUUCUAGGGUUGACAAUUCUUUCUCUUUUUUUAGUAAGAUUGUUCCGUAAGGAGGUAAACCACAGAAAUCUCGUGUAUUUUUUAGAAAUAGAGUUACGUGUCCGUCCAGAUAGGUCAUAUAAGUGAAUAUGAUCGACCAUUCCGUGCCUUUUUUGUAAGAAUUAAAUCAAAAGACAAAUUUUUAGUUGUAGGUAACAUCAUCGUGCAGCAUAUUAUUCUGUUGUAAAAUAACUCCAAUAGAGGAUAAUACAAAUGAUGAAUAAAUUUAAUUACGUAUACAAAAGAA